GGGAAGAGGAGGCGGCCUGAGCCAUGACAAUGGCGAUGCAAUGUUGAAGAAUAGACUGGAGGAAAGAAGCAACAGGCACCAUGGAAAAAACCAAAACAAAGCCAGGAGAGAAUGAACACAUGCCGGUGAAUAAUCCUUCCACGCAGAUUUACCAGUUGCAGGCCCUAGCCUCGGAACUCAAAACUGGUUUCACAGAAGCAAUGCAAGAACUGUCAAGAAUUCAACAUGGAGAAUAUGCUUUGGAAGAAAAGGUUAAAAGCUGCCGAUGUUCCAUGGAAGAAAAAGUUACUGAGAUGAAGAAUUCAUUAAACUAUUUCAAGGAAGAGCUGAGCAAUGCCAUGUCGAUGAUCCAGGCCAUCACUUCCAAACAAGAAGAAAUGCAACAGAAAAUCGAGCAACUUCAACAGGAGAAACGAAGAGAAUCUCGAAAAGUUAAAGCCAAGAAAACUCAGAAAGAAGAACACAGCUCGCAGGUGGGGCCUGCACAAGCGCAAGGCAGUCCUUUCCGCUCCAUCAACAUCCCCGAGCCUGUUCUUCCAAGUGAGGACUUUACUAACAUUUUGCCUUCUCAGGCCUAUGAAAAAGCCCAAGAGUCCAGACCCGUUCAUGUAGGAGACAGCAACGUGAAGGGGAUGAUGGGUCCUGGUGUGAACCCAACACCUCCAGAAACAGAAGAAAACCUCAAGUCUUGCCUCUCGACUGAUAUCCCAUCCAAGGGCCAUCUCCCAUCUGGCAUGUGGAGGCAGCCUAAGGAUGGUAAAGAAUGGGGAGACGAAUAUGUCACAAAAGACCACCCUGAUAAACUCAAGGAAGCUGGCCAAGGCAGACACAGCUCCCUGGAAAACGUUCUAUGCGAAACCUCUUUGGCUGCUAAAAGACAAACUGUGGCUCUGGAACUGCUUGAAUCUGAAAGAAAAUAUGUCAUUAACAUCUCUCUGAUCCUGAAGAUAAAGGCCACAUUCCAGGGGUCAGAUGGAAAGAGGAAUUCCAAAGAGAGAAGCCUCUUCCCUGGCUCCUUACGGUACCUUGUCCAGCAGCACCUGGAUUUGCUUCAUGCACUGCAGGAAAGGGUCCUGAAGUGGCCACGUCAAGGAGUUCUUGGAGAUUUAUUCCUUAAGUUAACAAACGAUGAGAAUAACUUCUUGGAUUAUUAUGUUGCCUACUUGAGGGACCUGCCUGAAUGCAUCUCAUUGGUUCAUGUGGUCGUUCUGAAGGAGGGUGAUGAAGAAAUUAAAUCUGACAUCUAUACAUUGUUUUUUCACAUAGUCCAGCGCAUCCCUGAAUAUCUGAUACAUCUGCAGAAUGUCCUGAAAUUCACUGAACAGGAACACCCUGAUUAUUACCUACUACUGGUGUGUGUUCAGCGCCUCCGGGUAUUUAUCUCACACUACACCUUGCUGUUUCAAUGCAACGAGGAUUUGCUUAUUCAGAAACGAAAAAAGCUCAAGAAGUCAUCCAUGGCGAAACUGUACAAAGGGCUGGCUUCUCAGUGUGCAAAUGCUGGGCAAGAUGCCUCCCCCACUGCAGGCCCUGAGGCUGUCCGUGACAGUGGGAUCCACUCAGAAGAGAUGCUGCAACCCUACCCUUCUGCUCCCAGUUCUGGCCCUGGUGUCACACAUUUGAUGCCCCCACCGAAGAAAAGCCAACAGCAGCAAAGCCUGAUGGAGAGCAUGCAGCCCGGGAAGCCCAGCGACUGGGAGAUUGAGGGCAGGAAGCAUGAGAGGCCCGAGAGCCUGCUGGCGCCGGCGCAGUUUUGUGCGGCGGAGCAGGACGUGAAGGCGCUCGCCGGGCCCCUGCAGGCCAUCCCGGAGAUGGACUUCGAGCCCUCUCCCGCCGAGCCGCUCGGCAACGUGGAGCGCUCCCUCCGCGCCCCGGCCGAGCUCCUGCCCGACGCGCGCGGCUUCGUGCCCGCGGGCUACGAGGAGUUCGAAUAUGGCGGCGAGAUCUUCGCUCUGCCCGCGCCCUACGACGAGGAGUCCUUCCAGGCGCCGACCCUCUUCGAGAACUGCUCGCCUGCCUCUUCCGAGUCCAGCCUGGACAUCUGCUUCCUCCGGCCGGUCAGCUUCGCCAUGGAGGCCGAGCGGCCCGAGCACCCAAUGCAGCCGCUGCCCAAGAGCGCCACGUCGCCCGCGAGCAGCAGCGGCGCCUACAAGCUGGAGGCGGCGGCGCAGGCGCAGGCGCACGGCAAGGCCAAGCCGCUGAGCCGCUCGCUCAAGGAGUUCCCGCGCGCGCCGCCCCCGGAGGGCGUGGCCCCGCGCCUGUACAGCACGCGCAGCAGCAGCGGCGGCCGCGCGCCGCUCAAGUCCGAGCGCGCCGCGCAGCCGCACGGCCCGGCUGCCGUGGCCGCCGCCGCGCGCGGUGCGCCGCGGACCUUCUUCCCCCAACAGAGGUCCCAAAGCGAAAAACAGACCUAUUUGGAAGUAAGGAGGGAGAUGCAUUUAGAAGACGCCACCAGAUUCUGUCCAAAGGAAGAAAGAGAAAGUGAACAAACAUCUUUCAGCGAUCAAAAUCCCAGGCAAGACCAGAAAGGGGGCUUUCGCAGCUCCUUCCGCAAGCUCUUUAAAAAGAAGUCCAGUGGAUCAGAAUACAGGGAAAAAACUAAUGAGAAUCCCUCAAUGGAUCCUUCACCCACCAAACAAGAUUUCUUCAGAAACCGACUUGCUCUUGCAAAUGACCUUGACCAAGGAACAGCUGUGUAAAACAUACUUAAAGUUGUAUUGUCAAGUGGUAAGAUGAGGAUAAAAAGCUUGUAUAUAUAUGUGUAGGAAUAUAUAUAUAUAUAUAUCUAUGUAUAAAUCCCUAAGGAAAACGAAUAUAAAUACAUACGAAACUAAAUCAGCAUAAAACAUUAAAGAGAUGAAGAUUAGUCUAUGGUUAAUAGACUUUUUGGCUUUUUGAAUGCCAACACUUGGGAAAAGGGAAGUGAAGACUUUUCAUAUCAUUACAGAAAAAUACAGUAGAUUUGAAGGAAAAUAAAUGUAAGAAUGAAAACUUCCACUUUGGAGUCCUUCCCUGAGCAUAACGUUGAACUUGUUCAUAUUUAACAUGGGUGUGAAUUUUAUGCUUCAUAGGCGUUUAACAUAUUAAUUCAUCCCAGUGUUCUUAGGCUAAUCUACAUUGUUAGGGCUCAGUUCUGUCUUGUUCUAUAUCCUUUAGAAACCCGAACAUCCCUGAAGGCAAAGUAUUAAUUAAUGACUAUAUUUUAUGUGUUGUAAAUCUGAGUCAUGGUGAAUUUGUGGUUAAAUCAUGAAACAGAAGGUUAAAAACACAUUGAUCUCUAAACUUGUUCUAGUUAUGGAAAUGAGUAAAGGGAAAAAGGAUUUUGUAGACAGUAGGUUGAAGAGAAGGGCCAAGAAGCAUUUUGCCUUAUGUGGGUUGUGCUGAGGAUAGAAACAGUCCAGAGUUGUGUUUUAUUGAGUACUCAAUAUUCAAGGUCCACUAGUGAACUUGAGUGUCGUGUCACGCAUCCUCAUGACUAGAUGGAAUAGGGAAAAAGCCUGAUUUAGCCCCACCUUCUUAAAAAUGCCUCUCUAAAGCAGGUGGCAGCAGCAUCAUGAAUGGCUCACACACAGUGGUUGCUACAGACACUAAGUCAGAAAGAAAAUUCAGGCUUGUGGUUCCUGUUUUCCAGAAGCAGCUCCUUAAGAAUCAAAGCUCUACUAGCUCAGAUAGAGGAAUCAAAUUGUAAGGAGACCUGCUUGGCUCAGGGGCAAUAAAAUGUGCUCUGUUUCCACAUGGAUAUGUCCAAGAUAGUCAGUAUCCUUGAUGCGCCUCAAACAUCAGAUUCAUAGAAAAAAAAAUUUAGGUUUAAACAAUUUGUCUUUAUUCACAGGCAGUUACCUAUAUUAAAUUAGGGGUAUUUUCUCUUUAUUUAGAAUCUUGGUAUUCUAACUGACUUCUUCAGAAACUGUUUCUAUGUUCGUGUACUUUGAUAAAAUAGGCAAAGUUUCACUUCUAAAUCUUAAAAAGUUUUCUUGUCUUUGUUCAAUGACUAAUUAGUAGCUCAUGCAUUAGCAUUUCGAAUAGGUGUUCUGUAACAAGUAUAGGAUCACUGCCAAGUUUUUGCAGUUUCUAAUCGUUUCAUUUACCUGGAAUUAAUGAAUUCAUUUGAAAUUAGAUUUUUCUUUAUUAUCAAGCCAAAGUUUUUGGGCAGUACUUGAAAGUACAUUGCCAAGUUGAUUGGACACGGAGAAUGAAGUCACAACCCCUUAAAUAAAAUGUAAACA